AGAUUUUGUGAUGUUGCUUGAAGACGUCACAUGAUUCAACACGGAAGUCCCGCCUCCUUUUCUUGUCCAUCCAAUCAGUGAGAAGCUAACAGGCAUUCCGUUUUCGUCCUACAGCAGUCAUGAGGUUCCGUUUCUGUGGAGAUUUGGACUGCCCCGAUUGGGUGCUUGCAGAAAUUACAACAUUAGCAAAAAUGUCUAGUGUGAAGAUGAAACUCCUCUGUGGUCAGGUGCUGAAAGAUUUGCUGGGUGAAGGAAUUGAUUAUGAGAAAAUUGUGAAGCUUACUGCAGAUGCAAAGUUUGAGAGUGGCGACAUCAAAGCAAGUGUGGCUGUGCUCAGCUUUAUUUUGUCCAGCGCAGCAAAGCAUGAUGUUGACAGUGAGUCUUUGUCCAGCGAGCUGCAGCAGCUUGGUCUGCCUAAAGAGCAUGCUUCUGGACUGUGCAAAUCCUAUGAGGACAAGCACUCUGCACUUCAGGACAAGCUCAGAGAGACCAGCCUAAGAUUAGGAAGACUGGACUCGGUUUCUUGGCGUGUCGACUACACCCUGAGCUCCAGUGAAUUGAGUGAGGUCAAUGAACCUCUUAUACAUCUGAAACUGCAAAAACAAGGUGCAGAGUCAGGCUGUUCCGAAACUGCUGCUUUCUCUAUUUCUGCUGACAAGUUCAGAGUCCUUCUUUCUGAGCUCAAACAAGCCCAGGCCUUGAUGAACACACUACAGUGAAGACUGGAAAACCAAUUGGUUGAUCGGGAGUUGCCCAUUUGUUGUGAAGAACUGCCUAAAUGGGAUUUAUACAUUUUGUAUUGUAUUAAAUAAUCUUAAAUGUUAAAUAAAAUACUGCUUUAAUGUUUGGAGA